GGUGACGUCAAAUUAAACACGAGCCGGCGCUAUUCAAAUUUCAGAUGAUGCAGACUGCAGAGCGCUCCAAGAUUUCCCAGUGGUGUAUUUUCACUUCUGUUCCUAAUUAUUAUGUUCCUUUGAUUAUAGACCGUCACUUUUAAUUUGUAUUUCAAACAAGCAGAUCUUAUGCUCCUAGAAGACUAUUUUGAUGAAGAUGAAGAGCCACCUUUGCUGUUCUGUGGUCUCUCUUUUCACGGUGCUGUACUGCCACCGAGUUCUGAGCCUUCAGUGCGGGCCACAAGAGUUGCUCAAUAGUGAAGGCCAGUGUGUGCCCUGUCUACAGUGCCCUGCCGGAGAGGAGCCUGACCAGUAUUGCAGUUCCAGCAAUGGCCAGGAAGCACAAUGCCGGGCCUGUGCAGUGGGCACUUUCUCAGACAGCCUGAGCUCUUGGCCUUGUAGAGCACACUCCUGGUGUGAGAACUUGAAUCGUGCUCAGCUCAGCCCUGGCACAUCUACCACGGAUGCAGUGUGUGGAGACUGCUUAGCUGGGUUCUUUGACACCGAGGGCAUGUCCAUUCUCAUUAAUGAAUGUCUUCCAUGUGCGAUGGCUCCAGUGGGGACAGCUGCCUGUGAAGAUGUCCAGGACUUGGUUCCAAAAAUCUUGCACAGCACUGGGAAAAAUACCCCCAAACUGGUUGUCUCAGUUGCUGCUAAUGGAACAAUUGCCAGCCUACCAGAGGAAAAAAACACAGAGUAUGCAGUAUUUGCACUUGUACCUAUUUUCUGCAUCAUGGGUCUUCUGGGAAUCUUGAUAUGUAAUGUUCAAAAAAAAGGCUACCACUGCAUGACAGAGAAGGAGGCCGGUGAUGAACAGUCCAAUAUGCAGGAGAAGGAUGGCAGUGGCUGCCCUUACAUAAUUGAUGACGGCAAUGAAGACACCAUCAGUGUACUGGUGCGACUGAUUACAGAGAAGAAAGAAAAUGCUGCUGCCUUGGAAGAGCUUCUGAAAGAAUAUGAAAGCAAACAGAAUACUGUGAGCAAGAGAUCCUCCAUCAGAUUUCCUCCUCUGCCCCAGCUGCACCAGUUCAAAUCUCUACCCCACCUCUGCAAACACCAGCAGCACCUGCACACUGUGCAUGGACUUGUGGCACCCAGUGGCCCCUGCUGCACCCGCUGUACACAGAAGAAGUGGCCAGAAAUCCUGGUACCCACUGACACAACAAAGUCCUCAAAGGUGGGAAGCAAAAACACCCGUCCAGGAGAGAUCACCAUCCUGUCUGUGGGCAGGUUUCGAGUGGCCCACAUCCCUGAACUGAAAUCAAUGCCACUGGAAGAGCUCAGCCCCCCAGAGUCAAGUGACACAGACUCCAUCGACACUUCACACACAGAGCCAGCAGAAGAGAAAUCCCUUUUGGGGGGCUCCUCUUCAUCACGUGCCAAGUCCAAGUGGCUGAAACCUGGGGACAGCAAAUUAGAGGUAAACAACUGAUGGAACAAUCACAGUUUGGCCAAAUUCUGGGAAGACCAACUGCUGACGUCAAACGAAGGCUGAAAACUUGGAAAUGUGCAACACACGUCAACAAAGCCCAGAACAAUCUAUAAAACUGUCACUUUAAUCUCAGAUUUGCUUCUCAUGUCUAGGAGGAGCGUUAAAAAUGCUUUAUUUUGGCAAAAUUGCUGAAGAAUCAAAUUAGCCUUUCAUAAAAGUUUAUUUUUUCAACAUGAAAACACUAAACGGCUUCUUUUCACAGCCACUGCCAACAGUCCUGGAGUGGCAGGAAAAAGCAGCAGCAAGUGUUGGAUUCGAGAUUCUUGCUCUUAUUUAGGGAGCACAGAGACGGGCAGGCUGGGGUUCAGACAGGGGAGGUGGAUGGAGCUGCGGCUUUGGGCCCCAGUGAGCCGAGACGGCGCAGGAUUGGCGACACUCUCUGAAUGUAGUGUACCCCUAGGAUCGGCCUGACAGUAAAGGGCCUGUAACACGGUAAUCGAAAUCUGCUGUUACAAGGGCCUGCGACUACCCAGGUGACCUCGGAGCCGCAGCAUACGAGUGGGAAUUCUGGAAGUGAAAAAAUUCAAACACAACCCCUCAGCCUGCCCUUUAUACAGGAAUCAACUACAGCGGGUACUCCGAGAAAGGGGGCAGCAACAAGCAAAGCAUUUGUGGGCACUAAAAUAACAAACAUAACGCAAGUUGUGAACCCAUGAGGGGUGCCCUCUGCUAGCAGACAUUAGGACACCCUUCACUUCUGGCCCUGGUGAAACCGACACAGCCGACUUAUUACCUCACGCUGGCCGUAGGCACCUGGAAAAGGAUUGGCUGGGAGAAAAUCGAAUAAAUAUUCAUGCGGGCAAAACCACUUUUUAUAGUGAAGUAGACAUAUUGUUAAGAAGGUUUACAAAAACUAAAAAAAACGUA